AUAGAAUUGUUCUGCUACAUUAAUAAUAUUAUACGUAUGUCUUCGCCUAAAUAAAUAAAGGCAUGAAAAUGUCAAAUUGUAGCAACUCCAAAAAAAUAGUGUUGUUCCAAGUCAAAAAUGUUGUUGUUUUUUUCAAGUCAAAAAAAAAAAAAUGUUGAAUCCAAUAAAUAAAUGCGGCGUGGAGUUAUUACAAGAGCUCUUGACUCAAUCUGGUGCGGACAAGUGUUGCCCGAAUUCAUGCGGAGAUCUCCAAUCAACAUCUAUAAGUAUGCAUGCAAUGCAACAACACACUGCAUGAACACGUCAUGGCAUUCUCAAUUCCAACCGCCGCAUUACUCAGCCUCUUCCUCCUCGCCGGCGCCGGCGCCGCCGGCAUCCCGGGCUCCGACGUCGAUCUUCUGGAGUUCCCGCUGAAUCUCGAGUACUUGGAGGCCGAGUUCUUCUCGUGGGGCGCUUUCGGCCGCGGCCUCGACGCCUUCGAACCCAACCUCACCAAGGGCGGCCCGCCGCCCUUGGGGGUUAAGAAGGCCAAUCUCACCCCUCUCAUCGAAGAUAUCAUCGCCCAGUUUGCUUUCCAAGAAUUCGGACACCUCAGGGCCAUCCAACAGACGGUCUCGGGAUUCCCGAGGCCGCUUCUAAACCUAAGCGCCGCAUCAUUCGCAACAGUGAUGAACAGCGCCGUGGGGAAAGCUCUGGUGCCCCCAUUCGAUCCCUACGCCUCCGACAUCAACUAUCUUCUUGCAUCAUAUGUCAUCCCCUACGUUGGACUCACCGGCUACGUCGGCGCAAAUCCCAAACUCAUUAGCCCCAUAUCCAAAAGGCUGGUGGCGGGGCUUCUCGGAGUGGAGUCGGGCCAAGACGCCGUGAUCCGAGCAUUGCUCUACCAACGAGCAAUGACCAAAGUGCACCCAUACGGUUACACAGUUGCGGAGCUUACCGACAAGAUUUCAGCCCUCCGAAACAAGCUCGGGGAUGCAGGUAUCAAAGAUGAAGGCUUGAUCGUCGAACCUUCAGCCGGAGCCGAGGGGAGAAUCGCCGGCAAUGUGCUGGCCGGCGACGAAAACUCCUUGGCUUAUGACAGAACACCUGAACAGAUACUAAGAAUCGUGUACGCAAGUGGGAAGGAGACGCAACCCGGUGGGUUCUACCCCAAGGGUGCUUCUGGUAACAUAGCUAGAUCAUACUUGCGCCGCAAAGCUUAGACAACAUAUUUCCUACCUAUUGUAUAAAUAAUCUCUUCAAAUCUACCAAUAACAAUAAUAUCAUCCAUCUAUUGCAACUUCCUAACAAAA